UAGGAGUUCAGCCACAGCAAAGAAAACCCAGAGAAGUACAGGAAGGAAAAAAAUAAUAAAAAUCCCUUUCAGCUCUGAGCUCUACUACUAUCUCAAGUCUGUCAUGUAACAGAAGAUUUUUUUUUUUUAUCAUCAGUGAAAGCAGCAUUUCAUCAAAAACUAGGUUGUUCAAGUUUCACAACUCUAGAUCAUGUUGGGAAAGAAGUUGGUGACUGCUCAGAAGAGAGGGGAGACAAGAGCCCUGUGCCUGGGACUGGGAAUGGUUGCAUGCUCCAUGAUGAUGUACUUUUUUAUUGGGAUCACCAUUGUGCCUUUCUACACUAAGAGCGUUUGGACAACAGAAACCGUGUGCAAGGUACUCAAAGCCAACAUCGAGGACAAAGUUCUCUGCCCAGACAGCGAAGGCUCAGAGGAUGAAGACAUCUUUUCUUAUCCCUGUCUACAGGUGUGGGUUAAUCUGACAGCCUCGGGACAGGAGGUUAUGCUGUACCAGACUGAAGAUACACUGGAAAGAAAUCCUAAGUGCUCGUACGUCCCAGACAAGUCGGAGAACUCCAAAGAAGUUAAAGCACGAAUAGAAACAAUUGCAAGCAAUUUCAAAAAAUACCACACUUUCCCGUGUUACUAUGAUCCAGGAGGAACACAGACCAAUGUUAUUUUAAGCAGGCUUUAUCCCCCCAAAGGCCUCCUCUUUGCUUUCCUCUGGCCUACACUCAUGUUUACUGGUGGAUGUCUGAUUAUUGUUCUGGUAAAAAUUAGUCAGUAUGUUUCUGUUCUUUCUGCUUGGCAGUAGAAAAUAAAUUUCUAGCACAGAUUGUUGCAAAAUAUUAAAAUGCUUUUAUUCUGCCUGUUACUGGCAUUCUGUGACUCUUAAUAUACCAGGUGUCCAUCCAAGGGCAGGCAUUUCAAAGAACUGAAUGGCACCCACUAUGGAUGGCAAUCCAUUACCCAAGGAGAAAAUAUGAUUCCCCGGAAUGUCUGAAAAUACCUCAUAAGCACACGGACCAAGUUACUGUCUAUUGUUUCCCUGGGCUUUAUGAGGUACAGUUGCUUUGCAAAGCUACAAUUCAAGUUUACUACUAAACUUUUGUUCCACAUUUUAGAUGUGGUGCUAGUUUUCUGACUGACUGAGAUUAGUAUGUGCCAGAUCCAUAUACAUCAUCACUGGCAAACACAUCCUUUAUACACUUGUACACUAACACAUUAAGUACUCAUGGUAUAUUCUUCUUGUCUGUUGAGAAAGGCAGCUUUGUUAUGGUGCAAAAAGAUGUUUGUUUUCAUGGCUUUCUUUCUGCUUUUGGGAAAGGGGAGGGAAAAAACCACUCCAAAUAUAUACACACAGACUUUACAAAACUUGCCCUCUAAUCAUGUAGCACCAGUUGUAUAUAAAGAAAUGCAUAAAGUACAGGGUACAGGAAAGAAGCUCAUACUAGAAGUUUUUGUAUUUAACUCAAAUUUUAGUCUUGCUUUAUUUGAAACAAGUGCACCACUCAAAGAAGGUUACCUGCCUGCUAUUUGCAUAGAUUAUAAAAACUGUUAAGGAGAGGAAGCUAAGACAUAAAGAAUAUUAUUAUGAAGUAGGGUCCUGGUUCUGGCCAGGACAGGGUUAAUUUUUUCAGUAGCCAGGAGGAGGCAUGGCUAGGACCCUGAUGUUAUGCUCUACCACCUCAUGUCAUUUUCCAGGGAUGGGGAAGGGCUCUCUUCUGGGUCAGUGGUGUGGGCAGAGGGAGCAGUUGGGUAUUGUUGGGAGCGAGAACUCAUGUAAAUCAUUCAUUUCUUGUACACUCUUUUAUUAGCAUUGUUGCUGUUACUAUUGUUGUGUUCAUUGUCUUAUUUCAUUGCUGUUUCCAGUAAAUUGUUCUUAC